CUUUGAAAGAAAAACAGAAACCCGGUUUUGAUGGUGACUUGCUUGACGGAGGAAUAAGCAGGUCCCUCCGUCAACGCUUUCAAGAUGACAGAAAUGGGAUCCGUGGUGCGGCUCUCUUUGCUCGGACUUCUCCUGUGCCUGCAGCUCGGCAGAGCUCCAGCCCGCAGUCCCCGCACGGCGGUGGACCAGGUGUCAGAGGCCGACGUCCAGCGGCUGCUGCACGGCGUCAUGGAGCAGCUGGGCAUCGCGCGGCCCCGGGUGGAGUACCCUGCGCACCAGGCCACAAACAUCGUUGGCCCUCAGAGCAUACAGGGUGGUGCUCAUGAAGGCCUGCAGCACUUGGGUCCAUAUGGCAACAUCCCCAACAUUGUGGCUGAGCUGACCGGGGACAAUGUUCCCAAAGACUUUAGUGACGACCACAACUACCCAGACCCUCCAAACCCUUGUCCACUGGGAAAGACAGCAGCAGACGGAUGCUUGGAAAACGCUCCCGACACAGCCGAGUUCAGCAGGGAGUUUCAGAAACACCAGCACCUCUUCGACCCCGAGCACGACUACCCAGCUCUGGGGAAGUGGAACAAGGAACUUUUAUACCAAAAGCUGAAGGGAGGACCAAAGAGAAGAAAAAGGAGCGUCAACCCUUAUUUACUGGGUCAGAGGCUGGACAAUGUGGUCGCCAAGAAAUCCGUUCCCCAUUUCUCAGAGGAAGAAGAGGAAGAAGCAUCGACCACCCCAAAUCCCAGAAAACCCACAAUCUGAUAUUUGGGAAUUCAAACAUGGAAAAUGAUUUCCUCUCAGAUAAAUGUUGUUGUUUUUUUAAGCUGCACAGCAUUAUUAUUAUUAUUAUUAUUAAUUUUGAUUGUGGCACAAAAAUGCUGUGUUGAUACUGUAUUUUUCUACAUUUCAACACAGAACCCUUCCCAAAUCUUGUGAUGCACAUAAAGUAUCUCAAUUCUUAUAGAUAAAGAAUAAGCAAUUGUUCAUAAAAAAAAUUAUGUCAGUGAAACAAUAGGAAGUUUUUGCUGAUGCCGUUUUGUAGAACAUUUUAUCAGAAUAUUAUUUGGUAACAGGAAUCAGAGUCUAUAUGUUAAGUCUUUUUGCAAUUAUGACUUUUGACCUUAAAUGACACAUCCUGUACUUUAAGCUUGAAGUAAAAUUUAAAAGGAAAGUGAUUCAAAUAAACUUUAAAUGAUAAUUUAAGAUUGCUGCCAUUUAAGGGUUAAGUCAUCUGUACCAAUUUUGAUUCUAAGAUCCCAUAAUUAUAGAUUCAAUCAAGAAUGUGUAGAGUAAAAACACUAAUCUGAGAGUGUAAAGUAAAUCUGCUUCUGUUUCAUUGGAUGUAUAAAUAUAUAUUGAUCUGGAGGUUAAAUCACAAUUAAUUUAUUCAUGCACAACUGUACAGAGAUAAUUUUUAUUCCUUUUUAAAAAUAUAUAUAAAUCCCAACAGGAUUAACUUUGCUCUUCAAAUGUAAGUUAAUAUCUCAUGUUAUUUUAAAGACGCUUAUGAAAAUCAUUACUGUGGUAUGGCAAAUAUUCUGAGUAUAUUCUCCGGCUGGGACUCUGUUCUGGCUGCAGCAACUCUUAUCUUGUUUACUGCAUCUUGCCAAAAUGUUUUUGUUCUGUUUUUUUGUCCUGUGAAAUCAAAUAAACGACUUAUCUGCA